GGGACUGGUGCCCUAGCAAUGGCAACGCAUAGGGCGCUGUUGCAACUGCGGAUUGCGGGACGUGGCUCGUGCUCCAGGCUCCCGCUCCGGUUUCCAGAGCGUACACUCCGGGCAACGUUCUGGGGCUGGGCGGCGGCGGCGGCCACGGGUCCACGGGCGUCCAGGGAGCGACAGGUCCCGGGAGGCAACGUCUGCAGCUAUGCACGGGGUCCGCCUGGCUACGCGGCCGCCAGUCGGAGGUAUACCACAUCAAAGUCAACUGUGGACCCUGAUGAAAUGAAGACAUUUCAGGCCUUGUCACAAAAAUGGUGGGAUAGUAAUGGUGAAUUUGCAGCUCUGCAUGCUUUGAAUGAUCUUCGUGUUCCUUUUAUCCGCGAUACAUUAUUGACGUUCAGUGAAAAAAUGCACUUAGGACAUCCCCUUCAAGGUUUCCGGAUUUUAGAUGUUGGUUGUGGAGGAGGACUACUAAGUGAGCCACUAGGUCGACUUGGAGCAGUGGUGGUUGGAAUUGAUCCUUUAGAAGAUAAUAUCAGAACAGCAAAACUGCACCAAUUAUUUGAUCCAGUGCUGAAAGGGCAAGUAGAGUACACUGCUUGCUCUCUGGAGGAAAUGGCAAUGGAGGCAACAAAUACAUUUGAUGCAGUUGUAGCUUCUGAAGUUGUAGAGCAUGUUAACAACUUGGAAAUAUUUAUUAAAUGUGCUGCACAAGUGUUAAAGCCUGAAGGAUCACUCUUUAUCACAACAAUUAACAAAACAAUCCUGUCCUAUGCAAUGGCAAUUGUAGCAGCUGAAUAUGUAUUGAGAAUUGUACCAAGUGGGACACAUGAAUGGGAAAAGUUCAUCAGCCCUGAGGAGUUGGAGAAAUAUCUAGCAUCUAGUGGACUCACAGUUGAGGCUGUCAACGGAAUGCUGUUUAAUCCCAUAUUUGGUACCUGGAGUUGGAUUAAUGAUUGUAGUGUAAAUUAUGCUCUGCACGCAGUGAAAAGUAAAGUAGCUGAGCAAUCAGAUUUUGUCUCAGAAAGUAGUAACGGGAAAGAUAACGAUUCUGACCAAUCAGAAUCUAGUAGUUGCUCCAAAGACAAAUUGUAGAAGGAAUAAUUUAAUUCAUUUGUGUCUCAAAAAUACUGCUGUGCUAAUGUUUCAUGAUUAUCUCCAUCAUGUAUUCAAAACCUUUUCCAAGCUGCAUGAAGAUAUUUUACAUUGACAAAAAUAGCACAAUUUUCUAAAUGUAACAUAUAGAUAUGUAACGUACAGACUGAUAUCACUGACGUAAAUAUACUAUACAAAUUAUUUCUGAAAACUAGUAUUUCGGUAUGACUUUUGACAUGCUUUGUUUCGAACUAUAUGCUUGAAAUCUAGAUGACACUUUCAGACUUGUCUUGCUUUUUUGUAAUUUCCUCAGUCAAUCUAGCCUCUGUCAAAGUCCUUCUCUGCCUCCCAUAUUUCCAGAACUGCUCUGAUUUAACAAUGUUGAAAUUAUGUUUGUAUAUCAAAUUUAUCAAGAGUAAUAUCAAGGUUACAGGAUUUUGUUAAUCAGGGAUUAUUUUUACAUUAAACAGUGAUUUUUAAUCUGC